AUGAUAGCGAGCGCUGUAAAGGCAGCAGGCCUAACAACACUUUUGUUCGGAACAGUUAUAGGAGGAAAUUACUAUUAUGUCCAAGAUUAGAUUAAUUAGUUUUAGCGGGUCACGGAGGUUUAUUUCAGCCUCUACCCAGCGCUGCCAGCUUCAGGCUUGCGCCCUAAGCACCGGCUCUGUUGCUCACUCCAUUUUCUGUCGACGUCACCAAAAAAUGGUGACGUCGUCAUCUAACAGGGAGAUUCACCCAGGUACUCCUUUGAUCAGGGUCUAGUGACCCGGCGCCGUCCUUUCUGGGGAGGGGGAAAAGUAGCCUUCCGGAGUCUUCUUCAGGUCCCCAAGCUCCACUACAAGCUUCCUCACUUCCUUCUAGUCCUGAAGUGUGACUCCUGAUUCUGCGGCUCUGGUCUUCUCGUCUUUGUGAGAGGCAAAAAACCUUGUCGUGGUGUCCCGACCAAGGUAAAAAAACCCACCCUGGACACAAUAUCCAGGCCCCGUUUACUUCUUAACCCCGUAGUCCCUGAGGGUACAGGAGAAGGACGGGUCGGAUGGCUCGCCAUUUUAAUUGUGUAUGUCCAAGAUGAUUGGAAGAAAAACCAUGCAUUAGUAAAAGAAACUAUCACUCUAUUAGAAAAAGAUGCAAAAGUACAGAAAAUACUUGGAAAAUCAUUAGCAAGGAAAGGCAGCAUCCAAGGAACUCUAGAGCCUGACAAAACUUGGGCAAGUGCUGCGUUUAUAGUAUAUGGAUCUGAAGGUGAAGCUAAGGCCCACAUUCUCGCAGAAGCAAAAGAGUCAUGCGAUUCAGACGAAUUCCCAGUCAAAGAAACAGCACACCCCUCAUCAACUUUUGGCCAUAUCAUCAACAUAUUCAACCCAGCUUUCUCCAAUAAAUCGACAUUCAGCUGGAAAAUCACCUCUUUGCAUGUAAAAUUUGAUGAAGUCUCAAAUUAUCCUCUUAUUCAUGAUAAGCUAGCUCCUCCCACGCGACUAAAAGUUGGAUUUUUUUAUUUUGGCAAAAUCCCACGCUGAGUGAGUAAAAUUUUUGAUAUAAUUUUUUGCUAAAUUAUUUUUUGAUAUAUAAAUGAUAAUUAUUAUAUCGAAUCUCUAUUUAACCUCACUAAUUUAAAAGUUUGCUUUUUAAUUUUAUAAAAUAUAUUAAUUUUUUAAAAAGGAUUUAAUAUAUAAAUUUAAAACAAAAAUCCUCUGAGAAAACAAAUUUUUCCAAAGUAACGAAGAAGGAGUAAGAAGCCACAAAGAAAUGAGAGAGCUUAAAGAAAUAGAAUUAUCACCUGAGACUACAUUAGAGCUAGAAAUUAAGCCAUUAAGCUAUAAAGACAAGAUUCAAAAAAGAAAAGCUGAACGAUCUAAAAAUAUUAUGUGAAGAAUGCUUACAGUCGGCGGAGCAUGUUUGGUGAUAGGAGGGAUUGGGUAUCUUAUCGGUAGAAAAUAUUUCAAAAUUCUUCCUGUAGCAAACUCAGUUUUCUUUGGAUCAACCCUUCAGUCAUUGAAAUAUGAUCCAGUUAUUCAAAGAGAAAUAGGGAUCCCGAUGAAUUUUUUGCAAAAUGUUAAAGGACGAACUGACAGUAAAUAUACCAAAGGAAAUGCAGAGUUCACUGUAUAUGGACCAAAGGGAUAUGGGAAGAUCUUUGCUCAGGGAGAUUUUGACGCUAACAAAUUGACGUGGAAAUACACAAAAUUGGCAUUGAUGAAGGGAGAUAAAGAAUAUUCUAUGUUAAAAGACUAA